GUCAACAGAAACCCAUUUGAUUGUUUCAGUAGCCUUCUAGCAAAACCAGCCCUGUUGAUGUAGUAAAGAGAACAUUAAGACUGCUCUGAGGUCAAUGUCACUCUGAUAAUGACAACUGUGUCAGCAUUCAGUAUCACUUAUCUGCAAAACUCAAUAUCCAUAGAAUCAACUUUAAAAAGGAGAAAAAGCCCCAGAAUCUUACCUUUGACAGUCUUCUGUGUCAGCUGCCCAAGCCUCCUUUCUCCCUUGUUUACCUGUGUAAAUUGACUGUGCAGAUGGUAGCAUCUAUGCUGUGAAUCUAAAAGCACAUCGAUCCAGUUAGCGUCAUUCUUUGAGUUAAAUGCAAUAGAAUGACGAUUCUCCAAUCACCUUUUAACUCUUUGUCUUCAUUUUCAAAGCUCAGCUCAUUCUCUUAUUAUAAAGUAUGUGCAGUGCUGGAGACAGGGAAGAGAACAGAAAGCAUGUUGUCACUUGAGUAGGGCUGCCUGAGAAAUGUUACCGAGUUAGGGCUGGAUGUUUCCUUUGGAAGACAACAAGCCUAAACAGAACCUUCCACAUCUGUAGUUACCAGGAGGGCACUGAAAGUGAGAUUAGAGAUGCUGCUUCAGUUGACUUUGUAAUCAAGUACAAAUUAAACUAACUUUAAAAGUACUUAUCAAGAUAGGAAAUGAAAAGAUGCUGCCUUUUUAAAGGACCAUUUUCACAGAAACUGAGUUUCCUACACAAAAUAAUUGAAAAGUUGGUGGGGAAAAAUAACUGAAUCCAAAGCCCACUAUAUAAAUUUGAAUGCAGUUUAUUGGAUUUUGUGCACAUUCAUCUUAAGUUUUUUAUAUAAAAUGGGAAAACUAGUAUUUACUUCAGAAUUAAUCGAAGGAUCAAAUGUUUUAAAGCCUUUGUUCAGUGUCUGAGCCAUUGUAGGUGUUUAAUAAUUAUAUCAAUAAUAACUUAACUAUUGAACACUAUCAGGCCAAAUCAAAAACAAAAAAGACAUGGGACGCACAAGGCAGGUGAUGAUAAAGUGAACUGAUUCUAUGUGUAUAUUAAAUAGAUUGCGGUAGGCAAGGGUGUCAUGAGGACUGAGGUGAUAGUGACCUUGUUGCUAAGUACAGAAGCAAAACACUGACAUAAAAACAAGUGUGCUAAGUACUGAGUGGAGGAGAGAGAUGGAGGCAGACGCUGCAGGGGGAAAAAAAGCUGAUUAAAAAGGGCCCUUUGAUUCCACAGGCACAAAAAAUCCACAGCCAGGAAUUUGCUGCCACCUCUGAGUCGGGGCGGCGGGGCGGGGGGAGUCCCAUUAGAGAAUGCCCAGUGGGUCGCGCCCUCGAGUCACGCUUCUGAUUGGGACCGGUGCAGACGGGGCGAGACCCAGCUCACUUGUUUCCUGGAUGGUCGCAUCGCAUCGGGAUGGCUUUUGCAGAGCUUUCACCACUGACCCCUCAUCGUCGGGACCUCUGUAGCCGUUCUAUCUGGCUAGCAAGGAAGAUUCGUUCAGACCUGACUGCUCUCAUGGACUCUUACGUGAGUCGUCUGUGUUACUGUUGACUGUUUCCCUGCGUCUCAAGCCCCAGCUAGUGCCUUAGCAUCACGCUGCAGCCCCAUAACCAGUUAGGAAAGCCCAGUCACGGUCCUGUCCACGGUGGCUCUUUCCGUGUGGAAACUCGGGUGACCUUCAUGCCUUUCUCCACUGUUUGGGAGAUGUGUUAUUCCUUCACUGAGGGAAGACAUGAGGUUUUAGGUAGGAUUGGCUAUUGGAGGCUGUUCCUAACUUGAUACCCUAUAUUCUGAAUUCUACCAAAAUAGAUUAACUGUUCUACAGACACUGUUCCAAAUUUUUGAGCUAUAUAAAAUGAAAGAGGUUAGUAAGAUUGGGCUGAAGAGCAAUAUGAACUUAGCAAAAAUUUGUAAAUCCAACUACUCUUAUACGGGGUUAGGUCCUCACUUUUAGUGUGACGUCCAAAGUGUCCUUGUGUCUGACUAGAAAGAUCACCUAAGCUAUCAGAAGGACCCCUUGAAAGGCUCACUGGACACUCAUGAAGUGUUGAUUCUUGAGCUACGCAUGGACCUCCAGGUUGGUUUUCUGAAAGAGGGAUCUCCCUCAGUUUCUACCUAAGUCCUGUGGUGGAAAUGCUCCAGGCUCCAUGGGAAGUUCCUGAACUUCAAUGCUGAGGGUUGCUUCGGCUUUGAACAGCCUUGCCAGUCAGAAAUCAGUCUGACUUAAAACAUGAGUUCCUGCCGUAUUGACUCCACCAGUACAGAUAGGAAGGCAAGGGGAGGUGCUACAGUAGCUACUCCAGUGUGUCCUGAGUGUAUGGUUUAAAUAUUUCAGGAGACAGUUUGAAGCACCAAUUUAGAAAACAUUCUAUAUCGUGGUUUUCAACCUUUCCAACUUACUGAAAGUUGAAUAUUCUUGCAGGGAAAAUGCAGCCCGUCUGUCAGUCUCAGGGAGCUUGCCAUCUUGCUACAGUCUGGGUGAAGCAUCAGGGCCUGAGCGAGAACGUGAGCCUGGACGCUGUGGGCGGAGUGCCGGCUGCGAGCAUCGCUCAGUGGAGCGAGCUGACUGAGGCCGAGCGGCUCCAGGAGAACCUGCACGCUUACCGCACCUUCCACGUGCUGCUGGCCAGGCUUCUGGAAGACCAGCAGGUGCACUUCACCCCCACCGAGAGCGACUUCCACCAGGCCAUACGCUCGCUGGGGCUCCAGGUUUCCGCCUUUGCCUACCAGCUGGAGGAGUUGAUGGUGCUCCUGGAACACGAGAUCCCCCCAAAUGAGACCAGCGGGGUGCCUCUGGGAGAGGGGGGGCUCUUUGAGAAGAAGCUGUGGGGCCUGAAGGUGCUGCAGGAGCUUUCCCAGUGGACCGUGAGGUCCAUCCGUGACCUGCGGCUCAUCUCCUCACAGCCGGCGGGGAUCCCGGCAGAUGAGAGCCGGUACUUUGCCAAGGAUGAGAAAAUGUAGCUGCCCACCCUCCCCUCGCUUCUCUUUGAGGGAACGCUGGGAGUUCUGUGCCGCCUCAUUUUCACGUCUUGGGUUGUUGAAAAGCUCUAAGACCUCAUGAAGUAGGGCUGAAGACACGGAGAGGAGGGCAUCCAGCUUUUGUCCAGAGUGGGUGCGAGGAGUAAGCUCUCUGCCCACUAAGUGACCUUUACAGUAAUGGCCUUACAGGCCCAAGGAGAGAUACUUUAACUCUAGUUCUGGAGGACUUCUGAGAAGACUAAACCAAUAAAGAAAACCAUGCCUUCUAGCUGUUCCAACUCUAAGGCAACAAAAAUUAUGAUGGCUAACACGCA